GAUUAUGACAUUAAUUUGAAGCAAAUUAAAAACUAGAUAUAUUGGAAGUAGGAGAGAGCAGGGUAAAGAGGAAGAACCAGAAGGCUGAAUCAUUGAAAUCAGACCACUCUUCAUUGAAUACAAACAGCUAGCAGCAACAGUAUAUGGAUCCACAAAAAGUGUUCUGCAUGACUGGAGGAAGUGGCAGCACUAGCUACGCCAAAAACUCCUCACUUCAGAAGAAGGCAUCCGAUAAGGUGAAGCACAUCAUCAUGGAUGCAGUUGAAAGUGUUUACCUUGCAAGAAGCACUCCUGACAGCUUCAGAAUCGCUGACUUGGGCUGCUCCUCAGGACCCAACACCCUUUCAUUCAUCAAAGACAUCUUCGUAGCCAUCCAAGGCAUCAUCAUACACCACAACAUUCCACAGCCUGCACUUUCUGAGCUCAGGGUUUACCUCAAUGAUCUUCCUACAAAUGAUUUCAACUCAAUCUUCAAGGCCCUCCCUGACUUCCACAGGUCACUCGAGGAACACAGAAACAACAUUAUUGAGUUUGAUCCUCUCGUUCUCAUAGGAGCUUACCCUGGUUCCUUCUAUGGAAGACUUUUCCCCAGCACGAGCUUGCACUUUGUCCACUCCUCCCACUGUUUACACUGGCUUUCCAGGGUUCCUGCAGGGCUUUAUGACGAGCAGGGGAGACCAGUGAACAAGGGAAGCAUUUACAUUACAGAAAAGAGUCCUCCGGUGGUGGCUGAAGCGUACUACAAGCAAUUCCAGGAGGACUUUGGGUUGUUCCUGAGAUCAAGAUCUGAGGAACUGGUGGUUGGGGGAAGAAUGGUGCUCAUCCUUCUGGGAAGAAGAGGACCUGAACAUGUUGACCGAGGAAACUCUUUGUUGUGGGAAAUCCUCAGGCGUUCGUUCUCCGUUUUGGUCUCCGAGGGAGAAGUAGAAGAGGAGAAGGUGGAUUGGUAUGAUGUGCAUUUCUACGCAGCAUGUGGGGAGGAGAUAGAAGAAGAAGUGAGGAAAGAAGGGUCGUUUGAGUUGGAGAGGAUGGAGAUAUCAGAAAUAGAGACGAGCGGGGUGGGGAAGGCCUCUUAUGGAAGCAUACUGGCCAAAGCCAUUAGGGCUAUCCAACAGUCCAUGAUUUCCGCUCACUUCGGACCUUCCAUUUUAGACAGCCUCUUCGACACCUAUGCCUCCCUCGUCGACCAGGAAAUGGCUCAACAGGCCAUCAACCCCAUCAACUACGUCCUCCUUCUCAGAAAAUUGUGAACAACAUACGUAUCUCACUACCUACGUAAGCUUAUGAUGUCGC